AUGAGGACCAGUCCCAGUCUGACUCUAGACCUGAGGACCAGUCCCAGUCUGACUCUAGACCUGAGGACCAGUCCCAGUCUGACUCUAGACCUGAGGACCAGUCCCAGUCUGACUCUAGACCUGAGGACCAGUCCCCGUCUGACUCUAGACCUGAGGACCAGUCCCAGUCUGUCUCUAGACCUGAGGACCAGUCCCAGUCUGACUCUAGACCUGAGAACCAGUCCCAGUCUGACUCUAGACUUGAGGGCCAGUCCCAGUCUGACUCUAGACCUGAGGACCAGUCCCAGUCUGACUCUAGACCUGAGGACCAGUCCCAGUCUGACUCUAGACCUGAGGACCAGUCCCAGUCUGACUCUAGACCUGAGGACCAGUCCCAGUCUGACUCUAGACCUGAGGACCAGUCCCAGUCUGACUCUAGACCUGAGGACCAGUCCCAGUCUGACUCUAGACCUGAGGACCAGUCCCAGUCUGACUCUCCCUCAGUGUGAAGACCCGCUCCUGCUGUCUUCAGUAGAUUCUACAUUCAUGCUGUUUAUUUACAAAGUGCCACAGAACCACAGUCUUUGA